ACGGAGAGCACGCGCAGAGCCCAGCGCGCCCUGGACGACUGCAGGAUGACGGUGCAGGAGUUCAACACUCUGGUGGCGCUGCACCGUGAGCAGGUCAUCUCCAUCGGAGAGAUCACAGUGGACUGUCCUUCUCUGCGCGCGCAAAUGCACAAGACUCGCACCAAAGGCUGCGCGGUGGCUCAGACCGCCUACCAGAGCCUCACCGUCAUCUCCGGGCCCGAGGACGGGGAAAUCCACCCAGAAAUAUGCAGGCUUUUCAUCCAGCUGCAGUGCUGUCUGGAGAUGUACAUCACGGAGAUGCUGAAGUCGAUGUGUUUGCUGGGUGUGCUGCAGCUUCACAGGAAAGGAAAUGAGCCCUGCCCUGAGCCAAAUGUAGACUGCAGGGUGGAUGAAAGCUCUGAUGUCCCAAUCCUGGAGGACAGAUCAUCAUCACCUGUUGACUUCCCCCAGGAGUCCUGGCUUGUGUGCACAGACAUCGAGAACAUAGAGAGUGACAUGCGAGAGAUGCGAAAUCUGCUAAGCAAACUCAGGGAGACCAUGCCUUUGCCAUUGAAGAAUCAAGAUGACAGCAGUCUGCUGAAUCUGACUCCGUACCCGCUGGUGAGGCAGAGGAAGAGGCGUUUCUCUGGGCUUUGCUGCCUCGUAGUUUUUAGCCCCAGCGCAAACUGCCUGCCUAUGGAUCACGCUGGCUUCCUUCUCAUCUUACUCUUCAUCUUGGCCUCAGUAACAGCCACUUCAGGCUGCUUCUGUGAUCACUACCCAUGGAGCUCAUGGUCCUACUGCACCAAAACCUGUGGGCAGGGGACGCAACAACGUACAAGAAGUGUACGGUAUGAUGACCACUGGAUCAAGAACAAUUGUGCCCGUCUGUGUCAGACACAUGAGAGCAGGGCAUGUGCUGUAGAGGCGUGUCCCAUACACUGCCAAUUAACUGACUUUGGACCGUGGUCAGAGUGCUCACCUUGUGCCAAAAAAAUGUUCAGGAUCAGGUCUGUCCUCAGGCCGGCUCAGUUUGGUGGACAGGACUGUAGUGAAUCUCUGAUGGAGGAAAGACCCUGUCAUACAGCUAAGAAAUGCCAAAUUGAGCCAGUCAACUGCAAGGAGAAGUUCACCUGUGACAGUGGUAGAUGUAUAAAAGCUGUUCUUGAGUGCAACGGUCAAAAUGACUGCUUGGACAACUCUGACGAGAAGAACUGUGGUGCUAUCAAGCGUGUAUGCGCGACAGACAGACAGUUUGCUGGCCUCCCUGGUGCUGAUCUGAUCGGUAACGGAUUUGAUGCUGUUGCAGAGCAGAUGAGGGGAGCUGUUCUAGAUAACACGUACAUGGGGGAGGAAUGCACUCUAAACCGCAGCAGAGCAAACAGGAAGGUCUACCGGAUUCCAGCCAACAUUGAGAACUAUGAGAUCAAAGUGGAGCACAUCGAGGAUAUUAAAGAAAACCCACCAGUGAAAAGUGAACAGAUCUCUUUGAGCAGUGAAAGCUCAAAAUAUGAAUCGCCUCAGCUUUCUGACUUUUAUCGCAGAAUCCCCAUCUUUUUCCGUCUUGUAAGGCGCGCUCAGUCGUCCAGAUCCUUUAAAGAGGAGAUGAAAGCAUUUCAACAAAAGGACUCUAGGAAUUUCAGGACACAUCAGGUUAUAGCCACAGCAUCUUUCAGGACAAAAUCAUCUGACCUGUAUUUAUCAGCUCAGUUUCUGAAGUUCCUCAACAGUCUUCCUCUGGAAUACAACUAUGCCCUCUAUAGGCAGAUCUUUCAGCUGUUCGGGACACACUAUUUUGUCUCGGGUACGCUGGGAGGACAGUAUGACCUGCUUUUCCAAUAUAGCCAUGAGGAGCUGAAAUCUAAGGGUAUGACAGAGGAGCAGGUUCAACAUUGCGUCAGACAAGAAUUUUCCUUCUUCAUCAUCAUUUUUGCCACGUCGUCACAUAGCAGAGGAUGUGGUACCAACAAGGUGACCACUACAUAUGAUGGAUCCUUCCUCCAGACCUCAGAGAAGUCCCUCUCUAUAGUAAAGGGAGGAAGAUCGGAGUACGCUGGAGCUCUGGCCUGGGAACGGAGUGGCGCCCCACCAGACAACACUGCGUACCAAGACUGGAUAAAAUCUACUAUAGACAAUCCCACAAUCAUAGAUUAUGAGCUGGCUCCUCUGGUGAAUUUAGUGCGGGGUUUCCCCUGUGCUGUGACUAAGAGACGGCACAUGGAGAGGGCUCUGGCCGAGUAUCUGGCGACCUUUGACUCCUGUAAGUGUGCCCCUUGUCCAAACAAUGGCCGGCCUGUCCUGGCAGGGACAGAGUGUUUGUGUAUCUGCCAGACCGGGACCUACGGGACCAACUGUGAGAAACGAGCCAAGGACUAUACUUCAGAGGCAGUUGAUGGAUACUGGAACUGCUGGAGCUCUUGGAGUGCUUGUGACUCCUCCUUGAAGAGGCGUCGUACACGUGCCUGCAACAACCCUGCUCCUCAGAGAGGAGGCAAGCCGUGCCAGGGCCCCGAGCGCCAAGAGGAAGAGUGCCCCAUCUCUGUUUUCCAAGAGCAGAAUGUGUGCAUUAACGAUGACGAUUUUGUAACAGAGGGCGACAGUGAGAGUGAAUUGCCUCCGGGAGUGUCUGGCUGUCCCAAACCUAGACCUCCUUCCAACAGCUACCUGAGGAUCAACAAUAGGCAUUAUAAUUAUGGGGAUCAUGAAGAGUUUGUGUGCUUCACUGGUUUCGAGUUGGAUGGCUACCAGCUCAUCCGCUGUCAGAAGGACGGCACCUGGGAGGAACCUAAGGGGCGCUGCUUCAAAUGUGUGUCACUCUACAAACUAGUGAGCAUAUCCAAAUAUCAGUGGCUGAAAAGAAAUUCAAUGGCCACCUGUUUAAUAUCACUCUACUAUUAUACCACACCAUUAAUUGAAAUGCUCAGGAAGGUGCUGCCUUAUUGUCAUUUCUGUCCAGAGAGAAUGUGUUCCAGACCUACAGUUCCAGAGGACAUAAUCAUAAACCCAGGCAAAGUGGAGUACCAUGUCGGAUCCAGUAUCAGGCUGAGCUGCUCUGGCAGUGGCAGAAGCCCAGUGGGGCCGCGCUUCUACGUUUGCACCAGUGCGCUGACCUGGGACCCACCCAUCCCUCAUGAUAUAUACUGCAAAGCUGAUGUUCCUUUUGUACAAGACAGCAAAUGUGGUAAAGGAAAGCGUCAUGAUGGCUCCAAGUGUGUCUGUAUACCUCGAGAGGACUGCAGGACAUAUAAGGAGGACUUCUGCGUUUUGGAUGCAGUGAAAGGAAGCACCAUGAUGAUGUCCUUCUGUGCCUUUCACGCUGGGCGUUGCCAUGGAGAUAAGCUGCAUUUCAUGAACGAUGGGCUGUGCAAAAGUGAUGUGACCAGUCUGGACUGGGCCAAAUUCAGGGCCAGUGUGUCUGAGAAAAGCUCUGUGCAGGAGCCCUGUGGAUCAGACACCUGUUACGAGUGGGAGACCUGCUCAGAAUCAACUACAUGUGUGUGCAAGUAUCCCAGAGACUGUGCAAAGAAUGAGGAACACAUGUACUGUCUGAAUAUUCUGAGACUACAACGCAAACGGACCAUGAAUUUGUGCAGCAUGGCUGCCAUGAAGUGCCAAGGUUAUGAGUUUGAAGUUCUUAGUGACGAUGAAUGUAAGAGCUCCUAAUUUCAUUUACUCUAGUUAGACAUGUCUGUUUUCUAAUCAGAAGGGUCUAGUAUUUUUACUAAGUUCAUGUAUAACUCACUCUUUCAUGGAUAUCACAAACCAUUUUGAACUGUACACAUUGUACUUUUAAUUACUUUGAACUAAAUAUAUGUGUGGAACACA